CGAUCGGGCAUAACUUCUCGCCGUUGCUUACGCUCUAUUUCCGCACCAAGAACCCAUUAGCUCUGACCAAAUUUCCGAACCCAAAAUUAGGGGAGCAGUUUAUUUACCUUUGUCGAAAGUUGACUCUGGUCGUCCAUUGAAGCUUUUUCUCUCCGCACAUAAGCCGCCACCAAGCCCAAGCCACCCACUCACGCCCUCUAUAAUGCGCCUCUCCAACCUCGCCUUCGUCCUAGCCGCAAGCAUAGCCGCUGCCCAGUGGCAGAAGCUACGAACGGGUCCAGGGCUAGGCGCUGUGGGUGAUCUCCUCGGCCGCCAGGACGGGGGAACCUGCUCCAUCCACGAUACGUGCGCCGAGUGCUUCGGCGAGGGCAACGUAAUCUGCGACACGAUCGGCUGCUUCAACCCGGACGAGCACGAGCAAUGCUGUGUUGGCGCAUUCGUCUGCGUGGGACGGGAUACCGCCUGCUGUGACAACCUGGGCGGCCCCGGUGCGACGGGUACCAGCGGCGUCCCCGACGUGACGGCGUCCGCAACGGCGCCUCCGCCGACUGUGUCGGGGUGGACGUGCACCAAGGACGACUCGGGCGAGGAGUGCUGCCAGCGCGGCGGCAGCGCCGUGCACUGGUGUUCGGGGGAGUUCCCGGCCCAGAAGUGCUACAACCCCUCGAAGGAGUCGUGCUGCACCGACGGCUCCGUGUGCUUCGGCGAGGACUGCUGCGAGCUUUUUAGCGCCUCGACGACUAAUCCGUAUACGGCGGAGACUACGACGGGAUCGAGCAGCGGACGUGCUACUACCAGCGCUGGGGAAGGCACUAUUACCAGCUCGGCAACGCUUACUCAGGCUGGAACUAGUUCCGGGUCGGUACCGCAGUCCACGUCGGCAACCAGCUCGGGCUUCAUGCUAAGGAUCGGCCUUGGAAUGGUAGGCGUUUUGGUGUCUACGAUGGGCUUGGUCUUGUCACUAUAGAAAUGGCUAGCUUCGCGCAUGAGGGUCAGGUCUGUUCCCGAUUGGGGGUUUAAUGGUGAACAGUCGCGAUUUGAAAUCGACUAAAUAUAUGCCAUAAUAAUUGGGAGACAUGAACAAACAGCUCUUAUUCCAAUAUGCCUUUCGCGUAUGACUCUAGAAUGCCCCGAAUUUACAGAGGUGGCCGAUCGAGUGCACCUACAACUACUCCAGCGGCCAGCUGAGCAUCUACUUCUGCUCCUCUUCCUUCGUUGUUUCAAUCAGUGUCUUGUUACCCUCCUCGGCCACUCCAAUCAGACUGGUUCGCUCCCGCAGAGUCCCCUU